UCCCGCAGCCCGGAAGUGGCCGCUGCGGGGUGCCGGCGGUCGCCAUGUCGGGCCGCGGGAAGCUGAUCGCGGUGGUGGGCGACGAGGACACGGUGACCGGGUUCUUACUGGGAGGGGUGGGAGAACUGGACAAGCACCGCAAGCCCAACUUCCUAGUGGUGGAGAAGGAGACGAGCCUGGCGGAGAUCGAGGAGACCUUCCGGAGCUUCCUGAACCGGGAGGACAUCGGGAUCAUCCUGAUCAGCCAGUGCCUGGCCGAGCUCAUCCGGCACGCCGUAGAAGCCCACUCCCGGCCCCUGCCUGCCAUCUUAGAGAUCCCCUCCAAGGAACACCCCUACGACCCCGCCAAGGACUCCGUCCUACGCCGAGCCCGCGGCCUCUUCACCCCCGACGACCUCCGCUAGACAGCUCCCCCGCCCGUCCCUGCACCCCCGAAAACAAACCCACCCGGGGUCCUCAGUAUGCUGCUGGGGGUUCUCAUCGCACCCCGAGGGCCCGUGUCCCACCCCAGGGUGAUGAUGGGAGUCCUUAUCCCAUCCUGGGGUCUCCAUUCCACCGCAGAGUGAUGCUGGUGAUCCUUGUCCCUGUCCCAGC